UGAUAAAAACUGGUCUAAUCACGUGAUUCAGCUGGGUGGUUUGUGGGCAGUGGGCAAUAUUUCAGGAAGCAGGCAGAGCUGGGUUGCAGUUGCAGUUCCUCAGCAGCAUUUCUGUAUGAAAUCGCGGCGUUGUACGGAGCAAGGCAAGCCUCCUACUAUGCUGCUGGAGAGCCCGUGGAGCUUUCCUUCGUUAGCCAGGAAGAGCAGCUGAGUGUCUUUCUCAGUGAUCAUGGAAAAGAAAAGUAUGAAUCGAGUAAUACAGAUAAAUCAGAGAAGAUAGAGCUGUGGCUGGAGGACAGAGAAAAGUGAUCAGAAGGGCUUGCAUAAAACCAAGAGCCAAGUAAACAACCUUUGAGGAGGGGAAAGAAAUUCUAAUCUUGAAAGCAUAACAACUUGGAGAAACUGAUGGACAUCUAGCUAAUGCCUUCUGGCUUGCAUGGUGAUGAGGCUGAAACGCAACAUCUCAGAAAUGAGAACAGAACUGGAAGGAACUUGCAUGGUUUCUGAUGCAAGAGCUGCAGUGUGUCAAUCUGAAGUGCCUUUGAGAAAAAGCUCUUUCAUUGCAACCUGCGUUACUUCUCAUAAUGCAGUGGAAUUAGUUGUCCACGUAACUCUUAAAUACAGCUUCAAACAGGAAAGAACAUGUACAAGGAAGAUUUCAGGGACAUGAUUGCAGAGAACAGGAACAGCAGUGACUCCUCUUCUGCCUUCACUCACACCAACACCACAAGUGCCAUACUGAUCACUGCCUACUCAGUUGCCUUUGCUGGAGGUGGAAUUGGGUCCAUCACAAUGUCAUUCGUGCUGGUCAAGAUGAACACUCUGUCUGUGACCACUACAGCCAUCAUUAACCUGGUCGUCGUGCACAGCCUCCUCCUCUUCACCGUGCCCUUCCGUCUGCACUACUAUGUCAACAAGAAGUGGGUAUUCAAGAUGCCACUGUGUAAAAUGGUGAGUGCCAUGGUGCACAUCCACAUGUACCUGACCUUCCUAUUCUACGUGAUCACACUGGUGAUCCGGUGGCUCAUCUUCUUUCAAUGGAAGGACAAAGUGGAGUUCUAUAGGAAGCUGCAUGCCAUCGCGGCGAGUGCUGCCGUGUGGGUCCUUGUCCUGGUGUUUGUGGUGCCGGUGCUGUGCUUUGAGUACGGGCGCUCAGGCUCAUACAAUGAUACAACAUGCUUUAAGUUCCACAAAGAACUACAGCAGGACAGUGUGAAAGCCUUGAACUACACCAUAAUUGUAGCUGUCGCCUGCAUUACUUGUGUCCUCUUGGGCCUGCAGAUUUUCAUCCUAGUAAAAGUGGCGAGAAAACUUUCCACCACCCUCUGGUCACAUCAGGAGUUCUGGGCCCAGGUGAAAAACUUGAUUUUCAUCUGUGUCAUCAUCAUUUGCUUCCUUCCCUAUCACCUCUUUAGGGCCUACUACAUACAGCACGUGAGCGAUUUUGACCAGUUAGAAAGCUACAAUGAGGUUUUUUUGAGCCUGACUGCCCUCAGCUGCCUGGACCUGCUGUCGUUUGUGCUGAGUGGGAGCCGCCUCUUCAAGCAAAAGGUGGGCAUGCUGGGCAGCAAGUUUUCUUGCUGCUAGCAUCAACCUCCGGCAGCAUGCACGGACCUGGACCUGGGAGGACUUGAUGCUGGGCAGGCAUGGCAAACCCUCUCCUCAGCCGGCCGGGGCAGGCUCUGGAAAGAGUGGGGCUCUGCACACCUGCUCUCUGAAAUAACAGGGCAAAUCGCCUCCAGUGUCACACCUGGUCAGCUGGAAGGUUACCUCUGGCAUGUCCUCACGGUGCUACCUAGUGAGUUGUGGAUGCACCUGGAGGAAAGGGAGGAAAGGGCAUGGGCUCUUCUGCCUUACUGUUUUUACAUCAAGGUUUGUUAAGUCAAAGGCACUAUGGGAGGAGACUCAAGGGAAUUUGCAAAGUAUGUAGGAACACAAAUAGAAAAGCAGUUUUUUAUGCAAUAAGGCACAUAUUUUUGAGAUGUAAAGAUCUAAAUAAUUUUCCACAUACAUUUCUUAUCCCCCACAAGCUCUCAUAAAGUAUCAGGAAAGCUACUCUUCCUCCUCAGUUGGUCUGUUCCUUCACUGUAAAGACAAGCAUAAACUUCUAAGUGAACUGAAUAAUUAAACCAACUCUUUAAAAACAAACCAGCAAUAAAUGGUUAUUUCUUAACAAAUUUUCUCACAAUCACCUUUUGGAGAUAGUAUCACUAUGGCAGAAAAGAGUUUUGUUCUCUUCCACAUUUUGGAAAUGUCUCCAACAACAAAGAUUACACAUUGUUACUGAAAAGAAUGUUGUAAGUUUAAACAAAAAAGCUGUAUUUUUACUUACAGAAUUGUUCAAUUUAAAAAAGAUAUUUAACAGUGAAGAUUAUUUUAUUUAGAUCAUUCAGACAGCAGUUGUCUUCUCUUAAAACCUCAAGUAUUUUUGGUAUCCAAGGUAACAAUGCUUUUUUUAAUCUUAUGUUGAUUUUCUGCAAUUCUGAAAUUUAUGACUAAUUACAGUAUCUUUAGCUUGAAUUCAAUUCUGUAAAUUUAGUACCAUGUACUGGUAGGAGAAGUUAAAGUGUUGUUGCUUGGAUUGGAGGGAUGAAAAAAGCUAAUAAACCUGGCAUAGCUAAAAAGCUUAUUAUGUCUCAGUGAGGCAUUGUCAGUUGCUGUCUCUGAAGACAGAAUUGAAUUCCAUUAGAAAAAGAGGAAGAAAAUCAGCAAAAUGAUUCUGUGAAAGACAUUCAGGCUUUCAUAGCUCAGUUGCUUUACACUUAUCCCUUGUGCUCCCCCCCCCCAAAAAAAAAAAAAAAGUGUGUGAAUCUCUGACUGCUAUAACCCAAGACAGCAAUCACUGAUAUAUCUUUCUCCUUCUUGUCAUCUGCAUAAGGUUUUUCAUCUAGAGUCAGUGGGACAAUAUUAUAACCAUUUGACAAAUUAGAGGUUAUCAGCUGAUUGAUUUCCAGUGACAGUCUAUGCUCAUGAUGCUGUUGAAGUCCACCUUUUCAUACUUUUGAAUCUUUCCAUACAUUUCUACUUUGCCUUCAACAUCUCUUGCACAUCGGACAGCAAUCAAAUAACAAUUGGUUGAGCUUGCUGUGCCUGUACAAUCUUAGUGCUAUGCUCGUUGCUUUAGGUCCCAUCAAUAUGGUUAUUUUAUAGGAUCCCAUCUCUUCUAUAGCCUUCCUUCCCUGUCUUCCUUCUUGCUUCAAGCUCCUCUAUAUCUCUCGGGAGGUCUGAUCAGGAGAAAUUAUUUUCAGGUCAGAGUCUGAGUAAUGCUAUAUGACACCCAAAGUUGGAAAUUACUGCAGUUCAUAACACAAGUGAGAUGUGAGUGCUCACGUGGCCCACCCUUGGCAGACAGCCUGGAUCACAACAUCUGUGAAGACAGAAACGUGAGAGCUUGCAGUGUGUGUGUAUCUGAGAAAAAACUCUCUGAGAAGGUGUUCGCCCCAAAAGGAUCACUGUAAAGAGGAAGAUGACUACCAGCCAGAUUCAACAGUAGUUGGGGAACUACGUAGACUUCCAUAACAUGGAAGGGGUCAGCUCAAAGGAGUAGUUCACUCCUGGUUAAUUAUGUGUCAUUAAGAGAGCAAUAAACUUCUCUGAUCCAGAUUUGUUUUAAAACUACACAAAGAACUCAGGUUUUCCCUGUGGCAGGAGAGAAGAUGGAAAAUGGCACAACGUUUUCCUUCCUCCUAUAGCAACAUCGUUGGUAGAAGAAAAUAUCUUGCAUGUGUUCUGUGGGCACUGCAUACCUUUGUAACACUAUAUUAUAACCCUUCUGCCAUAUGACUAUGUGCUGAAGUCCUUCCUGCGAAACACAUAUGAAUGAAAAGCAAUUUGUAUCUGAAUUCAGCAAGACUUGGAGAAAAUAAAACAUAUGUUUACAAACAAUA